GAAAAGAUAAAGGUGAGGGAGUGGUAAAGAAAGGGAAAAACAUUUUACAAGCUGCUUUCACUUCAUCAUCCUCAAGGCUCGAGCUUCUCCUUUGCUACAAUGGCGAUUGGUUUUGCCCUAGCAGCUUCUCCCCCGUAAGAUUUUCUACAGGAACAUAAAGAUCGCAAUCUUCUUGUGCUUUUCCCUUCAACUUUUCUCAAAGCCCUUCAUAACGAAUAAGUAAAGAGAUCUGGGAGAUAUGAAGAUUUUGAUGAACGGCGUAGCACAUAAAGUUGCAACAAGCUCUAUCCACAAUUGAGUCCUGGUCCUGCCCCUGGAGGGGACCCUGAGGAAUUUAGUCAUUUGGUGGCAUAAUUUCAAAAAGGGGUCUGAAUUCUGGAAGGAUUGUCUGCUGCAAUCGAAUCAUUUCACUUAGGGUUCAUUCAGAAUGAGUUCUUCUGAUCAGACACAGAUAUCAUCAGCUGAUCUUGUUGGAGGCAAUGAAGGCCUUAUCUCAGAAAUUCUAUUUCGUUUGCCGCCAAAAUCUGUUGGCAGAUUCAAGUUGGUGUCAAAGAGAUGGUCAUCUCUCAUUUCUGAUCGCAGUUUCCUAUGUGGUUAUAAUCAACGGAAUUCCAGUACAAUUUCAGGUCUUAUUAUUGGAUAUUUGGUACGUAAGCCAUCGACACUGACAUAUACAUGUGUUUCUCUUGGUGAGAAUGAAGGAUCAUUGUCAGUACCCACAAAAUGCAUUCCAUCUGACCCUCAAGCUCCAGGUUGUAUCAAGGUUUUAAGUUCCUGCAAUGGCUUGCUUUUGUGCUUUUCAAGACAUAAUGUGGAUCCUGCUGCGUGCAAAUUAUAUGUUUUCAAUCCUACCACCCACCAAUUCAGCACUCUUCCUUUACCCCCUGCCCAAGAUAAAUGCUGUCAUCCCAGCUUCAGUUUAGUGUAUGAUCCAUCCAAGUCACCUUCAUAUCUGGUUGUUUGUGUUCAGUUCUUGGAAAAAUUUUGUAACAUUCUCAUAUACUCAUCGGAAGUUGGAGUUUGGGAGACAUCUCGUAGUCAAUCACCUGAUCCAGUCUUUAUGAGGUUUUACCGUGGGGUUUUCCUGAAUGGAGCCAUUCAUUGGGUCGGUUAUAAUGGGUAUCCCUGUCUUCUUGAUCUUGAUCGGAAAUGCUUUAAAAUGUUACCUAGGCCUCCACUUCCUGAGGAUUGGGCAGCAUGUUGUAGUUUCAAGUAUUUUGGGGAAUCUCAGGGCAGUUUGUAUUUUAUAGCUUUUGAUAGGCCGAGAUCAUCAAAGUUCAUUGUCUAUGAGAUGCAGAAAGAUUGCUCUGGAUGGUUUGCGAAGUACAGUUUAGAGGUAGAUGCCAUUUUAGCUGCCUUUCCAAUUGAUGAUCAUCCUGUCUUAAUAUCACCACACAAGUUGCAUCUUCUUAUUUCGAUGCUGUCACUGGUGGAGGUUAAGAAUGAAGGGCUAAAUCUGGUGAUGCAAAUUCCAGGUAAGGUUGUGUCUUAUUGCUUUAAGGAUAAUACUUUCAAGAAGCUUCUUGAUUUACAUUUUAUGGUGCCGGUGUCAUGGUUCAAUGCUUUUAAGUAUGUUGAGACUUUGUCUAGUAUCUGAUGAUGAUGUGUGCACCAUAGCUUGUAUUAUGUUUGUAGACAACGGUUAAUGGAUGAAAACUAUGUAUUUGAAGGUUGUAGUAGCAUGGAUUUGACAGUUGUUUAUCAGUAUAAUGCUUGGUGACGUCCAUCACUAUUAGCUGUUUUUCGAAGAGAUUCAAGAAGGUUAAAAUGCAACAAGUUACUUUGCUAUAUGUACCAAUUAAAGUUUAGCAGAGUUG